GCGGUGCGCGGCCGCAUGUGGGGCGCAGGCGGCGGAGUCUCCACCUCUUCUGGCAGCGGGAACCUGUGGCUGCCAAGCUCCAUUAAAGCCAUCAGCAGCCGGGGGGACGCGCUCCGCGGCGAAGGCGGGGUGGGCUGCGGUGCUUUAUUUUAAAAUAUAUACUUUUCUUUUUUCGCUCCCCUCCUUUAUCCCUUCGUAAGGCUCGGGCUGAGCAGGACGCCUGCGGGCUGAAGCCGGGGUGCCGCCGCCGCGGGCACCGGAGCGCCGGAGGCGGCCCAUGGCUGCACCGCCGGGCGCCGCGCCCCGCUGAGCUCCGCGGGCACCGGCGGCGAUCGCGCCUCUGGCUGGGACACACAGCGGGCACCAUGGUCCGGUGCUGGUGGCUCGCAGGGCUGCUCGUAGCCUGCGCGGCCGCCGAGCCGCGCUGCCGCCAGCAGCUGCGCCACCUGCAGGACAGCGCCGGGACCGCCGCGCGGCUGCCGCCCCGCCUGGAGGGGCGCUGGGUCUCCACCGGGUGUGAGGUGCGGCCGGGACCCGAGUUCCUGACCCGAUCCUACCUCUUCUACGCCAACCGGCUCUUCAAGGCCCUCCAGUUCUACUACUGGGACCCGUCCUGCCGCGACCCCUCCUACUCACUGGUCAUCAAGGGCAAGCUCCGGCUGCGCCAGGCCUCCUGGAUCACCCGCGGGGCCACCGAGGCCGACUACCACCUCCACAAAGUGGGCAUCGUGUUCCACAGCCAGAAGGCCAUGCGGGAGGUGGCCUCCCGGAUCAACCAGACCUCCGGCGAGGGCUGCCGCGGGUUCCUGCCCCCCGGGCGCUCCUGGGCUCCCGGGGCCCUGCACGAGGUGCUGAGCGCCAAGACGGAGCGCGACUGCACCGCGGCCUUGGGCUUCGCCAUGCACGAGCUGAGCCUGGUGCGGGUGGAGAGGCACUUCCAGCCGCUGCUGCAGCCGCAGCAGAGCGGGAGCCGGCUGGUGGAGGAGCUCUACCUGGGGGACAUCCACACGGACUGGGGGGAGAGGCUGCACUACCGCCCCACCGGCUACCAGCGCCCCUUGCAGAGCGCCCUGCACCACGUGCACCCUUGCCCGGCGUGUGGGAUGAUCUCCAGGGCGGACGAGCACCACCCGCCGAUCCUGCCCGCCCGAGCCGCGCUGCCCAUGCAGCUCGGCGGCAGCUGGGUCAGCGCGCACUGCGAGGUCCGCCCGGCCGUGCUCUUCCUCACCAGGUACUUCACAUUCCACGGCCACAACCACACCUGGGAAGGGCGUUACUAUCACUACUCCGACCCGCUCUGCAGGCAGCCCACGUUCACCAUCUACGCCUCCGGGCACUACAGCCAGGGCGUCCCGUCCUCCAAGGUGCGGGGCGGCACCGAGCUGGCUUUCAAAGUCACCCAGGCUCGGGUGACGCCCAUGGACCAGGUGACGGUGGUGAUGCUCAACUCCUCGGAAGCGGGGAGCUGCGGGCUGGCGGGCUCCUGGAGCGCCGGCGUGGAGCAGGAUAUAACACCCACGAACGGAUGUUUGGCUCUGGGCAUCAAGCUGCCCCACACCGAGUACGAGCUGUUCAAAACGGAGCAGGACACGCAGGAGCGCAGCCUCCUCUACAUCGGGGAGCGGCCCACGGACGGCUCCAGCCCCGACAGCCCCGACAAGCGACCCACGUCCUACCAGGCCCCUCUGAUCCAGUGUGCUGCAGCAUCAGAGGAAUUCUCCAACUACCUUAGUCUGAAAUACGUGGGAAGGAAGGAUGCUAACGGGAUCGAAGCACUAAAACCUUUGCCUGUGGCCUUUUUAUUGUUUAUAGCACUUCUGUUUUUAAGAUGGGACUAGUUAUCUCUUCAGGUACAACGCAGAAUUCAGAUAAAUCUUGGUGCUAGCGUGAUUUUAUAUCCUUCAAAUGAGCACAUCUGGAAUCAGUUUCACUCAGAUUUGGAAACACUUUUUAAAAACACCCAAUAGUGAAUGAAGCCAAGGAGAUAUGCCUGACUCCACACUGUUUGUCCUGUGGCUUUAUUGCCUAAUCUCCCCUCUUUGCGUGCAAAUUUAAUGUACUGACACGGAUGCACUGCACAUUGCAACAGAUAAUUUAGCAACACGAGGGGGGAAAAAAGUGACAUCAAUUAAAAUUGCUGCUUUGAGCUUUUGACAUUGCUAAGAUUUAAUCAAGAGCUUGAUUCAGAUGUAAUUCAAACAUCCGAAGUGUUGGCUGCUGAGUUUCUUUGAGGUUAAGUUCCCUCCCAUCACACUCCUUUUUGCUGUUCAUGCAAAUUUAAUCUGCAGAGUCAGUCAGCAAUAAACAGUCAGCAAGUGUUCUUGAGAAGGGCACGGUUCACAUGCCUCUCGCAGUUUUCAGAUAUUUUCUGCACUUUGCCUGGGUAUGUCACACACAGGGACCCACAAACAGUCUUUGCACAUGGAAAUGCCCAGAACAGCCCUCACAGAGGGCUCAACUUUUCCACCUGACCUGGGCACAGAUUACAGUAGAUGGAAAAUGCUUCUAUGCCCAGCUCCAAGGCUCAGCAUUCCCUGGCUGCAGCACUGCAUCCCUGCUGUGUUCCCCAGCUCUCCAGGGCAGUGCUGGCCUGGCUGUGAGCCAUCAGCAGUGUCCCCGUGUCACUGCUGCCAUGCCCGGCACAGGCACCGUCACCGUGGGAAGGGGAAGAUCCCUCACCAGCCCUCUCAGGCCAUGCAUUUCCAGUGCCUCCUCUGCAGUCACUGGCACGGCAGUUGUUAAUCCAGCUCUCCUCUCAGUGUCACUUCCAGCCUCAUUCCUGUACAGAUGUUUUAUAAAUCUGCCUCUGGUGAACAAUGAGCUGAAGAGAUGCUCAGAUCAGACAGCACAGUCAGGUCAAACUGAUUCCUACUGACAAGCAGGACAAACUAUGAAAUUAUAUUCCCUGUCUGCUGCAGCUAAGCAUCAUAUAACUUCCUCGAGGAGCCCUUCUCCAGCAGCUAAAUCCUCUCCAAAUAAGCCUAUAUAUCUUACCCACAAAAGAUAUUUUGUUAAAGCAGCUAUGCAAUAGCCACCUUCUUAAUGCUGUAUUUACGAACUUGCAGCUUGUACUCAGAUAAAUUAUGGGGUUUAUAAGACAAAAAUACUUUGGGGGGAUGUGUACAUUAAUAAUUCAAAUGAGAAUCUUAUUAAAUACAUUACAGUUGUGACAUAAACGUUGUCAGCCUGUUCACAUGCUCCAGGCAUGACCCAGUAUCAGUCAUGCACAUGAACAGCUCUACUUGAAGGUGAUGCACAAAAGGGCCAGGCUUGGCUGCCUUGCCUUGGCUUCCCUCCCUAACCCUGCAGACUUCAGCAGGCAAAUCUUACUUCCAGUCUUGUGGGUUGUGCUUUGUUCCCUGCUGCCGCAUGGAGAUCCACGGGCCACUGAUCCCAGAGGAGGUGGAGUCUCCUUGGGGACGUUCCCAUUGGGAUGCUGUGAACUGGGCAAGCCCCGGGCAGCUCAGCUGCACCUCCUGUAAGCCACACACACCGGCAGAACUUUUCCACCAGGAGUUUCCCAUCGCUGUGCUCACCACAGCCCCAGGGAACGGCUCCUGUGGCUCCCACCAGCACAGAUACCUGUUCUGCAGGACACAGAUGCCCACGGCAGGAACAGGGAACAGCCUUGAGCUGCCUUUGGAGCGUGGGAAGAGGGACAAGGCAAUUCCUGCCCUGUGUUUACCUCCAUGAAUCAGAGUUGUGUGCAGAUACUUUUUUCAUUUACAGGGCACCAGAAUGGAUUAAACUGAGCAAGUGUCCAGGCCCUGCAUGGUGUAAAAGCUCUUACGAGGCCACAGAUCCUUUCCAGGUGGGGAUGGGAUUAAGGUGAUGUGAAACACCACCACACACUUCUGCAAUGGCAGCAACAAGGCCUGGGAAGGCUCUGCCCUGGGAAGGCUCUGCCCUGCUGCAGCUCAGGCACCCCUGGCUCCAGCAGCACCGUCCCACUGCUCUGCUGGCUGAACUGCCCUGUGAAACCACAUCAGGAGCCUCCUCGUCCUCUUCCCCCCUCUAAGUACAACUCUGAGAGGAAAAAAACCCACAGAAGAGCUAUUUGCAUAAAUAUCAUAACUUUUAUUGUUCUGUUCACAGUUUUUGAAGACACAUUCCUAAAUUACACAGUUAUUCUCCCUUAAGAAUUUGUGCCUUUUUCCAAUUUGAAUUUGCCUGGCUUUGACUGCCAGUUGGUGAUUCUUGUGUUGCUUUUUAAGAUCAGAGAGCUGCAGUGUGCAGUAUUUUCUGCCUGUGAAGGUACUAGUGCACUGUAAUCAAGACAGUCUCAAUUCUGGUAGGCAAACUCAGCCAACUGAGUUUUCUCUCACCCUCUCUAAGGCAUUUUCACACUCCACCAGUAAUUUCUGAAUCAUAUUUUUUGCAUCCAUUCCAAUUACUCAGCUUCUCUCGUAGAAUGUAAAUAUCCAAAUUGCAUCCAAAAUUCCCAGCUCUCCCAGCUGAGACAUACAGAAGGAUAAUCACUUACAGCUAACAGUAAUUAAAAACAAGAACACAUUCGUAUUCAUUAGGCUUUUACCCUGGGACUGCACUGGGGAUGUGCACGGAGCUGUUGUUCAUUCUGGUCCUGGCUGUAGAUAUUUCUGAAAUGUUUUAUCAGCAGUGAUUUUGUGCCUGUGUUCCUCAGUGAUCUGGAACCACAGGUCCCUGCAGAAGCCUUCUCUGGGCAUCCCCAUGUCCUGGUGGUUCUCUCUGAGCUGCAGCAGUGUGUGACUGUCAGCAGCUCUGCAGGCCCCUGCCAGAGCCAGCUCUGAUCCCAAAGAGAACUGGAACCCAAAGGACAGAAUGACAGCACUCACACCAAGCUCCAUCAGGAACAUCCAUCUCCUUUUCCAUCCCUCUCCAGGGUGUCCCACUGUCCUGAGCCACUGCCCACCCCCAGCAGCAGCAGCUCAGGCACUGCCCCAGGCUCCUCCCUUGCAAACACUGAUCAAGGUUUUUGGGCCUCCUGAAUUAAAAACUGUUACAUUUUAAUCCUGAGCAUUGCUAAGGAACGGCAUCCCCUUUCCAGUUCUCUUACAUCAUCCCUAGGUUUUAUCUCCUGCACUUAUUUCUUAACAGUUCUUAUCCUAUUGCAGAUUUCCUUGAACUUCAGCUCCUCAUCAUCCUCUCCAAGCACUCCAACCCACAUUUUGCUUUUCCUUUGGGUUGUGCUUUCCUUAUUUUUUACAUUUCCUAACUCCCAUUUUGAAUGGAUUGCUGUCUGCUUCCCUUUUUCUUAUUUGUUUUAUAUUACUUUCCAUCUAAUUUUCCCCCUCAUUUCAUCACUGCAGUAGGAUGGGCAGUUAGCCAAUGUUGUCCCCCUUCUCAAUUGCAAAAUUAUUGGGUUUUUGGCCAUUUAAUACCUUUCACUUAGAAAACUGUCAAUUCUACUUCAGUUUUUCAUCUAAUUUCCUCCCCACUCCCAGAUCUGAUAUGAAAUUUGCUCAGCUAUGCCCUUUUGAAGCACCAAUUAAAUUUAUUAGCAGCUCACAUGGUGUUAGCUGAGCUCCACUGCAAUCAGGAUCCCAACCUCAUUUCUGACAUUCAUUUAUCUUUACUGGCAUAAACAAGAGAAACCAAAUAAUUUCAUCCUUCAUGUCUAACAGUGCUUCAGAAAAACAGGUCUAGGACACAGACCAGGAGCUUUAAUCCUGACUACUGGAUUCCUUUCUAACACAAAACAAAUAAAUACAUUUUUACUGUCCCUGUGAAGAAAACCCAAGCCAGUGUGUGCUGGAAGUUGAUGGUAACAGGCACAUGUGUCUUACUAAACUCUUCCACAUUCACUUCUCUUAGAAUAAUUUUUAAAAGGUUAAAUAUUUUAAUCACUUCAAAAAUAAAAAAAUAAAAUAAUUUCCCAAGUCUCGAACAAUUUUCUGGCUUCCUGCACUGAGACUGAGCCUUCAGUACCUUCUUUAAUAUCACAAUCUCCUCAGACAAGCUGCCUUUCCAAUUUUCUGCUUCUUUAGCAGGUGCAGAAGUUUAAAGUGUGAGCCAAGUCUGCCAGACAAACAGUCCUGGGUCUGACACACAGCUCAAUUAACAGUAACUUAUUUUUCCAAUUAACCACCUUCAUGCCUCCCUGUUUAAAACACCUCAGAAUGCAUUUUUGCAUUCUAGAUUUCCCAGAUAAAAUGAACCAAAAAAAAAAAAAUAAAUCUGAAGCACUUUUGGAUAAGUUGACAGCAUUGUGCUACUGCUUUGUUUGAGAAACAAUCCACAUGGAAUAUGAAAGUCUAAAAAAUCCACUGCACUGGAACAGCAGCGGGGAGCUGGAGACAGAAAGGAGAUGGGUGACAAGGCUUGUUGCUCCAAACUCCCCAGAGAGUGAAGAGGAAGAGGAAACAAAGAGGAAGCAGGAGGUGAGUGGCUGUGCGGGAGGAGAAAGGCACCCAGGAGCUGCCAGGUGUCCGUGCCAGGGAGAGAGAGCCCUGCCAGGCAGCCCGGGGCUCCCAGGGCCACAGGCUGGCAGGGAGAGCAAGCCUGGAAGGGUGAUGGGAACGAAGAGACCCAGAUGGAACCAGGCAGCAGGGAGGGAAGAAAAGCCAUGAAAGAUGCUCGGCUGAACAAGGGCUUCUUUGCCAAGGAGCAGGGAAGGAUCGAGGAUGACUUGGCUGGACCAAAGCGCUGAGGGAGGGAAUGGAGUGAGAUCUGACAGCUCAGGCAGAACAGAGCAGGAGGCAGAUUGGGCAGCAGAGCCUCCAGCCCCCACAGAAAGGCUCCUCUGGGCUCAGCACUGAGGCACAGAUUCCUGGCUCCAGUCACACUUGUGUGUGGCCUCCCAGUGAAAUGUGGAAACAGAAAUUGCUGCUUCAGCUCCGAGUUCCUCCCCACCAGGAGCUCAGGUCAGGAACGGGGAUCCACACUCAGAACACAAAGAAUUCCCCCAGCACACACACGGGUUACACCCAACACCACAGCGCCACACUGAAAGUUCAGCUUUUAAAAACCUAUUUAUACGUAACUGCAGAGGAAUGAGGGUUCUCCAAGUCCAGGCACACGAAGCUGGGCACUUUUGGACAAUUUCUGAGCAGUGUCAGCUCAGUUUUUGAUCACUGACAUGAUCAGACACUGCAAUGUACUCCCCAAACUCAGAGCACAAACCUGGUUCUGCCAUUUCCUACCUCCUGAGUGCUUGACUUUGUACAGCCUUAAUAACAGUCCUUUAAAAGUAGCUCUCUGUGGGUAAUUGUGUGUGGGACAUUUGCCAAACUAAACAUGAGGGAGUUCAAGAGGCUUUUCUAAUCUUGUGAGUUUAUCCACUAAAGAAAAAGAUUUGAUUAAAAAAAUGAAGUACAGCUAAACUGGGAACAAUACUUUACUACGGGCUGUUCUUCAUAGGCACUUCAGAAUCUUGAAAAAAAACCCCACAAAAUUAGGAACUUAUUAAAUCAGAAUGAAAUGUACCAGUGCAGAAACAUAAACAGAAAUGCCAGAUGUAUAAUGUCAACUUGUAAUACACAGCUUCAAUUAUUUCUUCUUAAUUCAUUUGUUUUCUUAACUUCUUUUGUUUUGCUCUCUGGAAAAGGCCAUUUUCUAAUGACAGAUCACAGGAGGAAAGAUCCAAAGUUCAAGUUUACUCCAAGGAAAAGCAGCCUCAAUUCUGUGCUCACAGACCCCCUGUCCUUUUUGUUCUUUUCACUCUGUGGAGGCUUCAGGACAAACUCAGGCCUGGGCUGGAGGCAAAGAGAGCUAGGUGGAAGUUUAGUAAAGGUUUUAAAGUUUUACUCCUCAAGUACCAAUGUGAAAUUAGUGCUUGAAGAGGAACUGAAGGCACAGGAAGUGGCAGGGUGAGUGACAGGCACACAGUCACUCGGCGAGUGUGCAGGUGUGUGCUCACUGGAGUACCACGUGCAACAUUCCUAGCUGGCUCUCACUUGUGUUAUUUUAAAAAUAAUCUUCAUUUAUCCAGUAAAAAACCUCGACCCAUUAAUCAACCAACUUUUAUAGUCAAGCAGAUUUGAGCAGUGGAAACACCGUUUCUUUGUUCUGUGAAGCUGAUCUCCAAAUCCCGAACACAUAAACCCAAUUUCACUCAGCACCUGCCCCUUCUCAGCUUGCUCACUCGAGGACUUGGGCCAGGGAUGCUUCCCCGUUCCCAAACCACGGCACAGUGGCUCUCCAGGCUCUGCAGCACCAGUGCAACUGUGACCCAGCCACAACAAACAGGAGCCUCAGAGUGUUAUUUUACAGGGGCUUUAAUUUUAAACAGAGGGAUUUUUGGUGGUGCUUUUUUCCCCUCACUUACUUUAUAUAGAAAACAGAACUCAGGGUGUGGAAUUUCAGGCCAUCACACAGGGCAAGAGAAAUAAGAGUUUCAAAUUAAGAGCACGACAGUGAAGCCACCCUUGUGCCUGAAAAUUAAGGACAUUCCACUGAAGAGACAGAAGUGCCAUCUUCUGAAGAAAAGGGAUGACAGUUUUCUUCCACUGGCAAUGCAACAUCAAGUAUGCCAAGACACAAAUGAUCCAUUCCUUGUGCACACCACGAUGUAAAAAUUGCUGACAAGAAUUCCAAGUUCACAUGUGCAGCAGAUACAAACCCUUCAUAGUUUAUUGAUGAAAAGAAAUUCUAGUGAAUUGCAAAGUGAAGUUCCAACUUUAUCCCACUAACAGCAUUUCAGGAGGAAAAAGUAACACCACCAUUGAGCUUUACAAUCCUGUAUUUUUAGAAAAUGACAUUAUGGUACAUCAAUCCCCCUCAACAUAACAACAUGACAUGAUCUUGCUCUUCAGCCCCCAGGCUACUCCCCAGUAACCUGAGCAGCUCGUGGCUUGCACAUGCAGCUGCUCCAGCUGUGCACUCCCAGCUGACAACUGCCAAUGCCCAGCAGCAGUUAUGAUCACCCAUGCACGGAGUAUUUGCUUUAAGAUGUGGAGAACUACAUAAAAAUAGAAGGAACCAUUUUCCAUUCGUUUCCCAGCACUAGGCUUCAAGAUAUUUCAGGUAUCUGUUUAUCCCAAAUUUGCCCAGAGUGCACCAAGCAGGCUCUACUGGGUGUUACAAAAGUCAACAAUAAAUGUGCAAGUGGUCAGCUUAAAGUAACAGCAAGGACAAUUAUUAGAUUAGUAAUAACUUGAUUUCUACUACCAUGAAUCAAUCACAGGUUUCUAAUAUCUGAUGUUGUGUGAGGACCCCAGACAAUUAUCUUAUUUAGAAACUCUACAUUUUGUGCACAACUUCCUAAGAUAUACAAUGUCCUUCAGAAUAAUUCACUUUCUGUGAAUACUUCAUGAGAACAUUUGCUCUUGUGUUGCCAUGAAAGGAACAACUUACAAAAAGAGCCAGGUGGCUUAGGAAUAUCCAUCCAACCUAUAUUUGCACUCUAUCUACAAACUGGCCUUUUAGGAACCUUGGAAGAAAAUAAAAUCCAUAAGAUUUCUCUCUACUGCCUAUGAAAGAAGGGUUUGGUCAAACAGGGGCUGAGAAUUCCCCUGAUCUGUGACUUUAUUUCAAGCUCAGCAAAGCAAAGCAUUACCCAGACAAUUCAGGGCUACUGUGUUCAGGCUCUUGUGAAAAAUGGUGAGGGAAAAACUCAGGAUUUUGUUAAAUUCUAAAAUACAAGCAGUUAAUUUAAAUUUAAGAGUCUUGUUUAGGACUGAUGCUGUGGGUCAGCCCAGCUGCAGGUUACGGAUGUUACCAACGCUGAAAUCCUCUCCUGGUCUCCUCGCUCAGGGUUUGAAGGGUCUGGAAAAGCAUGAGAAGGUUUUCUGGGACCUCUUUAUGAUCCUGGAGUGCAAACACCAGGAACAGCUUUGCUCAUGAACAGUUCCAGGCUGGCAGAGAUCACCAGGAAGUGGCUGCUGAGCACUGGGGGAGGACAGAGCUUGGCUUUGCCCUGGGCCAGCAAAGGCAGCUGUGGCAGCUUACACUGGGUGUAAUACCUGCCUGGAACUUUACUCCAGAUAUCCUCACAGGAGACCAGCUUAAACCUUCAAUCCUCUCCCCUUAUCCUGCAGACAGUGAUUGUUUUUUAAACCAACUUCUUUCAGGCUGUUUUAAAGCUGAACAAAGGACUCCCAAAAAAACUUAUUUUUUUCAAAGUGAAUCAGAAAUUCUGAUAAGAGAACAAGAUAUUUACAGCCACUUAAAAAAAUCUACUUCAUAUCUCAGCCUCCCUUCAGCAAAGGUUUUCUCAAAUAUAUUCUUCAAAGCCAUGAAAAUUAAUUUUGCAGUAUCACUCACCACCUUGCCUUUCUGAAAAGAAUGCUUCAUUAGAAAGUUUUCUUCAGCUUCUACUGCCCAGGCAGUAUCUUCUUUAUCAAUUCUGCCCAAUUUGUCCCAUAAACUCCCUGCUUUUUCCUUUCCAGCUCAUCUCCCACCUGCCCUGCCCUUUGCAGCCAGGCUGCAGUGGCUCUGUCCCUUCCCUCUGAGCAGACAAGGCACUAGCACUUGAAAAUGCUAAAAAAACACCUCUCCUUUCCAUUGAAUCUCCUAGAAAUACUUCCAGACUCAUGUUCAGAAGCUGAACACACCAAUUUCAGGUUUUUUUCCCACCUAUUUUUCUUAUUAAGCCUUAUGUAAAAUUUCACUUAUUUGCACUUGCAGAGGAGGAAGCCCUUGAGACACAAGUGGGACAAACAUAGAGGUCAAGGAGUGCAGCAGACAGGCUGCAGCCCCACAGCUCUCACAGAACCCCAGGAGUAGGGAAGGAAUGGCAGAAGUCAUUUGGAAAAGACUCAGCUUCAUCUCGUAAUAUGCUACAACAAAUUUUGCCACUGAAUGGUUUUGGGUCUACCAUUUGAGAACAGAUGUGAAUUUACCUGCUCGAAAACUCUUUCAUCUGCUGAAUCCAUCAUGUUAAAACACACUGAGUUUGUUUACACCUUGUGGUAAAAGGAAGCUUAGAAACAAAAUCUCCUUAUUCUAAAGGUGCUGUCAAGGGUCUGAACUCCUGAACCCAACUAACCUGGGAAGUGGGAUGUUACCUUGUACCUCGGCAUGGUGGCUCUGAACAACUUUAGUGUGUCAGGCUCACGAUGGGAUGGUUUGCUUUGAUAUUAAAAUUAGUCUGGAAAAAAAGAAAUUCACCCUGAAGUCAGACUGCAAGUUUCUUUAUGCCAUAAACAAAACUGACAAGAGAACACUUUUUCCUCCCCACUGCUAAAACUGUGAGAACAGGACAAAAGUAACAAAGGAAACAUUAAUUUGGGGGCUUUAUUUAAUUUUUCUUUUCUUUCUUUUUUUCUUUUUUUUUUUUUUUAAGAUGCUACAUAGUCAAACAAGAUUGGUCUUUUUACGGCAUAGGACUAGUUUACUACUGAUAUUUUUGUUUCUCCCCUAAAUAGACUUAU